CGAAACCUAAACAAAACAUUGGUUAGUAAGUUGUUUGUGCCACGUGUGCUCGCGCACCCAUCACAUCAGAGGCCACAUUAUGUCCAAUUUUUUAUCUUGGUGUCGUAAAAAAGCAUCUGGUCUCUGUCCGACACCUCAACCACCGGAAUCUUCUUUAAUCCAUGGGCAUCCCAGCCCCAAAAUGACUGUGCCCGACGCGAUAUCAUCCUCGGCCACCGCUAUAGCAUCCUCGUCUCCUCAAUUCUUGAUGGAAGAGACUUCAGCCUCUUUCCCGGGUCUGGGCAACAAUUUCCGAUCGCUACAGCGAUCCUCUAUUUCCUCUUUGGCUCUGGGCUCCUCGUUCUUGGAUCACUCGCUAUCGGGUGCCAUUGAGUUGGAUGUAGAGGCCCUGGGCCCCGAGAUUCGGACUCGUCGACGGGAAUUGAUUUUGGUCUUGGUUAAUUGGGAAGUGAUCGAUCCUGUUCUAGCUCAAGAGAUAGAAUCUAAACCUAGGACGUCUGAACCCUUAGGCUCUAGCUUCAGGGCACGCAAUCUGAUCCAAACAAACAACUAUAUAUGGCUACCCGAGCAUUUCAGCUCUUGCUUUGUGGAUUUCCUCAACUUUCGAGUGACUGAAAGUGAGACAUUAGAAGACAUCCUUGAUCAGCACUUCACUGUAGCCAAUUGCCAUGCCGACAUCUUUCGGGGAUGUAUGUCUUGCAAAUCCAAGAUCAGAGACUUGCUAGAGUUGGCUCCGGUUGGGGUUUCUGGAUCUGAGGCCGGUGGGGAUUGCCAUCCAAUCAGCGGCAGCAAUGUCAUUGUUAGUGAAAUUGAUGCUAGUUUCCCAACUUCUCUAAAGAACAAGAAGGACAAAUUACCCACAUCAAGGACCAACGCAACAUCAUUGACUCCCAUUGUGUUCUAUUCCUUUUGUCUUGACAGGGCAGUCUUAUUAGAGGAAACUCAACACUGUGCCAGAUGUCACGAAUGCUUUCAUUGGCGCUAUAAUCAUUGCCCUCAAUGUGAUCGAUGUUCCUUUGGCAUGGGACUUGGCAAAUGUGAUCAUUGUGGCUACAUGGAAGCCAAAGACGAGUGUACCGAAGAUCUGGCUCUAUCCUCGUUGAGCGAUGGGAGUCCAAAUGCGCAUUCUAGUCCUUUGAGGCUCAAAAAGACAGGAUCGGAGAGUGUGUCCCAGGAUAUUCCCUCCGUUAAGAGUGUGGGCGAUCUUCUUGGGUAUUUUGAAAGUGACGACGAAAUUGGAGAAGGCAAUGCGGAAUUCUAGUUAUGGACCGAGUGGUUUGUUUUACCCUUUGAUGAUCGAUCCGUCAUCAAUAGAAAUACAUGUUAGGAUUUUAACACCUUAACUGAA